AUGGCGGCGGCGCCCACUGCCUCCUCGCCCGGCGGGUUCCCCACAGCUGUGAGGCUGCCGCGGUCGCCGCCGCUCAAGGUUCUGGCGGAGCAGCUGCGGCGCGACGGGGAGGGCUGCCCGGGUGCGUGGCGGCUGUCGCGGGAGGCGGCGGGCCGCGGGCCGCUGGAGCUGACGGCCGUAUGGAUGCAGGGCACGGUGCUGGCGGCGGGCGGCGGCGAGGCGCGGCUGCGGGACCCGAGCGGGGCCUUCUCGGUUUGCGGCCUGGAGCGGGUGCCGCGCGGGCGGCCCUGCCUCGUCCCAGGAAAGUAUGUGAUGGUGAUGGGAGUGGUUCAGGCCUGCAACCCGGAGCCAUGCCUGCAGGCUGUGAAGAUGACAGAUCUUUCUGAUAAUCCCCUCCAUGAAAGCAUGUGGGAGCUGGAAGUGGAAGAUUUACACAGGAAUAUUCCUUAGAGGAUGUUGGAACCGUCGAUAAAAACAACCGAAAUUCAGAAACAACUUAGAUUCUUAUACCGUAUGGAUUUCAUGGACAUCACUCAAUAUGUACUUCUCAAAAGUUUAUCAGAGAGCUUUGCUUCGAGGAGUCUGGAUGUAGGAUUUCUAAAUGCUGGGACACUCCAGUGAACUCAGCCCUGCUGCCCCUUGCUAGGACUGUUUGCUGAUGAAAAGCAGAUGUUUUGUUCUCUUUCUCUUUUUCCUCUCCUUUUUUUUUUUUUUUUUUUUGCUUUAUGUGUGUUAAUUCUCUCUCUCUAAAGCACACAGAAAUCUCAUGUUGCGUUUUCCAAGUUUUCCAAGUGAUGAUACUUUUUCCAUUACCACUGCAACCCUACUUUACGAGGCAGAAUUUGAACCUCAGUCAUUGUCAGAAGAGGGUAAAGUGUGUGGUUAUGGGCAGGAAAAGAGGCUGCAUAAAAAAGGAAUGACCUCAUGGCUCGGCAGUCUUCUCCAUCAACAGCUCCGUAUCCAGUUUGCAAGUCAAACGGCAUUUUCUAACUGCAGGCACUGGGGCCUCUCAAAGACACAGCCCUCUUUCUGCUUCAGACACCACGCAGCCCUAAAUGUGUAAGGUCCAUUCCCUGCAGAUGUGGACGAUGAUGUCUGCCCUUCCUCCUUCACUUAGGGCUGUUGAAACACUUUCAGAAUUUCUUGUUGAAACUAAAAAUCAAGACUAAGAACAACUUCCAGGCAUGAACUAAACUUCUGCCUCAUAACUUUUGGUGAGACACUGCGAGGAGGCAGCCUCCUGGUUAGAGUCUUUACGUUGUUUUUGGUAGGGAAUGUCCUUCUGUUGUGAUUGUGUUCAGUAUUGGGUGGCAGCUCUUCACUUCUUACACAACCUUCACUUUACCUUAGACUGUAAAUAUCAAGGGGGUCAGGUUAUGUUCCUCAUUGCUAUGGAGUUUUGCUGGAUUAUUUAUCUCUACCACUAGUAAAUUGUUUUCUAUGCCAUA